AUGAGAUCUGGUCCUUUAUCUAAUUGGAUUCUUUCAACUAUUUCGAGGGAAAUUUUGAUUCUUUCUCUUGAUGGGUUUUGCUUAACCACCGCCGACGAUCUCUUCCCGCUGUUUGAUAAGUACGGGAAGGUCGUCGACGUGUUUAUCCCCCGAGAUCAGAGGACCGGCGAUUCACGCGGCUUCUCUUUUGUGUGGUAUAAGUAUCAGGAUGAGGCGGCCAAGGCCGUGGAUAAGCUCUACGGGAGAGUUGUGGAUGGGAGAGAGAUUAUGGUUCAGUUUUCUAAGUAUGGUCCAAAUGCUGAAAGGAUUCACAAGGGAAAGAUAAGUGAAUCUUCCUCCAAGUUGAAAAGCAGGUCAAGAAGCCGUAGCUCUCGUCCAAGGUAUCGAGAUGAAUACACGGAUAGGGAUUACAAACGGAGAAGUCGCAGUCGAAGUAGGGACAUAUAUGACCGUGAUAGGCACCAUAGGAGUGAAAGAAAGCAUCGCUACAGAAGCAGAAGCCGCAAUAAUCGUAAAAGGAGCAAAUGUGAUGAUGAGCUGCGUAGUCGGAGCCGGUCCUAUGGAAGGUACAGAAUCCUGCCUCUCCCCAAGGUAGUCGGAGCCGGUCCUAUUGUUGGAGUUUCACAAGAAAGGGAGGUACAAUGCGAAGCGCGGCGGAAAUGUGGCUGCUAUGGGAGUUUUGACCUCCCAAUUGAGAGAUGGAGUUACUACCCCAACUCUGCGCAUUCCUGUGCCUGUAGGUUUGUAGAAGAAUAGAAUUCGGAAACUUUGUUUAUCGAAGAAUUUUGGUUUUAUUCGGAGUUGAUAUGUUCUGUAGUGUCAUUAGUAAUUAGUGGAACUAUGUUGAUAGGAUGGUGAAUGUGAUUAAUGUGCAUUUGGCUUAUAUAUGAAUCUGUGCUUGUGUUAGGUACUGUUGUGAAGCAGAAAUGAGG